CUCCCGGAGCAGUCCUCACACGCGGACCUCCUCAACCACAAGCACCACCACCGCCACAGCCCCGCCACCGCCACCGCCGCCGCCAUCAUGACCCGCGAGGUGAUCUGCACAGCCCUCCUCCUCACCCUCUGCGUCAUGGCCCACGCCGGAGCCAUCAAGGACGCACCUUCCCAGCCCGCCAACCAGCCUGACACCGGCUACUCCUCAGACGGAUCUGCGGCGAAGCGCUUUGAUGCAUUCACGACCGGCUUUGGCCACAGCAAACGCAACUUCGACGAGAUCGACCGCUCCAGCUUCGGCUUCGCCAAGAGGAAUUUCGAUGAGAUCGAUCGCUCCGGCUUCGGCUUCGCUAAGAGGAACUUCGAUGAAAUCGACCGUUCAGGCUUUGGUUUCGCCAAGAGGAACUUCGACGAGAUCGAUCGUUCCGGUUUCGGCUUCGCCAAGAGGAACUUCGACGAGAUCGACCGCUCCGGCUUCGGCUUCCACAAGCGUGACCGCGACGCCUACCCCAAGAGGAACUUCGACGAGAUCGACCGCUCCAGCUUCGGCUUCGCCAAGAGGCUGCUCACCCCCCGGGACCUGUACAAGCGCAACUUUGACGAGAUCGACCGAUCUGGCUUCGGCUUCGUGCGCCGCAGCGCCGAGUGAGGAGCGCCGCCCCCCCUCACACCUGGGACGCCCUCGCCGGCACCACACCACACACUGACACCUACUACACCCACAACAACUGUUACUAUUAAAACAACAAAAACUCCACCAAUUGCCAAAAUGUCUAAAUCAACAGAAGCAUCACCUCGGCCCACUCUCUCCGCGCGAGGCUGAGGCUCAACAAGGAAAUAAAGAGUAUUUUUACAAAAGUUUUUUUCACUCCCGCGCCUGGGUGCCCCCCGGCGCCCUUCCCUCCCCCUCCCAGGAAAACCGCGGCCCACGGAGGCCCCGCCUGACGGGCUUCGUCCCGGGCGGCGGGGCCGCGACGCACCGCCCCAGUGUUGCCUGCAGCCUUGGCGGCCCCGCGGCCCCGCCCCGGACGGUGGCUGGCCCCGGGCGUGUGUGCCGGCGAGUGUGUGUGUGUGUGUGUGUGUGUAUGUGUGUGUGUGUGUGUGUGUGUGUGUGUGUGUGUGUGUGUGUGUUAGCGCGCACGCGCAUCAGUGUGUCCGUGUACGUCACUUAUGUGUCCCCGCCCCCUCCAUCACUGUCCUUACUCUUUCUCAAUCUAUCUAUCUAUCUAUUUAUCUGUCUAUCCACCUAUCUCCCACUCUCAAUAUGAAGCAAAUAGUGAUCCUGUAAUAUUGGUCAAGGACAAAACCAGACACAGAAAACGAGAGUAAGUCACUCGGAAAGUUGCAAGCGGUGCUUGAUGAGGCGCAACACAAUUACCGGACGUUUCCUUCCAGCGGAAGCAAAACUUAAUGAAAUUUCUCAAGCCAGAGACAAAAGAGCUAUAACGAAGCAGAAAAAAGCAGAAAAUCACAUAAACAAAUUAGAAACAAAACAAAUCGUAUACCAAGAAUUUGUGAGACUCAUGUAAUAUUUGUUUUAAUAAAUAAAAAAAACACAAAUCUA